AUGAAGCUCUGCGUCCUUUACUUGAUCACCACGGUGAUUUUUUGGGCUGGGUUGAUCGAGGCGCGCCCCACGCCUUCCCUGCCUAGAGGAGACGACUGGCCAGACCUGGCGAAGGCCUCUCGCAGCCUUGGUCAAUCGAGAGAGGUUGCGCGACUGUCUCGGAGAGGUCUGAUCCCCCUGCCGAAAGAGCAGCUUACUUUUUUCCAAAAGCUUUGGGUCGUGAGUAGCGAUUGAAGCAGUGCUACAAACACGCCGCCUCACGAGGUUGUGCGCUGAGCCGAGCUGACUCAUCUCCCGUGCGCAUUUUCUUUUGUCUGGAAGCCCCUUCUACGACCUGUCGCUCGCACCUAUAACAAAUUGUCGCACAGGCAAAGGAUGGGCAUCGGAUGGGGCGGAGGUAUCGGAGGAGGUAUUGCUCAAGGUGCCACGGAGCGACGAUCCCUCUCUCCACUUACUCGUCGCGGUCUGCGAGUCGUCUUUCCCAGGGUGAUUGGGCCUCAUCAUUUGCUGAUGCGUCGAGAGAACGCUGGCAAACCCGUUUUUCUCCGGCGCGAAGUUGGAAAAGUGACGCUGAAUCGUCGAGGAUUCAACAUUAAGGCCCUGUUCGGAAUAGGCAUGUCGAAGCAGCGCCAGUAAGUCGGAGGUAGCCCACGGUUCACUUUAUGAACUUCCGAGCCAUGCUGACGUGAGCAAGCAUACGUGCUUCCCAUCCGUCCAGGAGAAACGUGAGGAGAAUGAGAACAUGAGGAUGGAGCACAUGCGCGAUGUUGGCUGACUGAAAAUCCCGAACGCUUUCGCACUGCGUUUGAUCAGGCCGAAAUAGCGUGAGAGGCGAAAGAGAUGCUGCAUUAUCCGAGUCUAGCUGACAAGUCUCGAGAUAUUCUCUGUUCUUUGCAGCGGUGUCACCAUGGUAGCGUAAGUACUGAGCGAGGUGCAUCCACAAGAUUUGUCCACUGUGCUGACGAGUCGCACAUCGAUCAACGUGCCGAGCAGGGGAGGACUGCUCGCAAACGCGCAGUACCACUUCCUGCCCAGCAUCCUACCUCGAGGCGCGUCUUCCGUCAACGACGCAUCGCCCACAUUGCUGGGUCGCUCAGCGGAUGGCGCAGCUGCACUUGUGGCAAGAAGUAGCAAGACCACCAUGUUGGUGCCUCGCAGUACAAGCCCCGCCUUCUUGACUGGCAGGUCGCUGCUAAAUGUGCACCCCCAAAGUCUGCAAAGAAGAAUGUCAGCAAUGGCAGCUGCUGGCUUCGGUACCAUGAUCGGCUACUUCAUGGGACAGCCCCUGCUCAAGUUUGCUAGGACAAACUUGGGUCUCAAGUUGGGCAAAAAAGAGGAAGAGAAGAAUGAUAGGCUUGUCGAUGUCAAGAAAAUCGUCGGCAGAUCGCUAGAGGAAUCUCGACUCUACUAG